AUGGGGCCUCACAGACAACUUUGUGCAGCGAAAUUGAGUGUUAAUUGUCGCCCAAGACCUGCGCGAUUGACUGGAAUCAUGGUAACUCUUGGUGAAAAUAACAGUGCCAUCUCCGACAUCAUGGCGUUGCUUUCCAAGAACGUAGAUAUAGUAAGACUCAAUGUCUCCCACAAGGACUUGAAAUGGCAUGAAACCGUGAUAAACAAUCUUCGAACCGCAAUUGAUUGCCUGAGUGCCCGCGCCGGUGUGUCUUGUUAUCCUCCGGCUGUUGCAUUAGAUCUUCCUGGACCGGAAAUUCGAGUCGGAGCCCUGGGCACUCAGGACGUGCGAUUGUCCGUAGGGGACGAGAUCAAGAUUUUUACAGAGGGGAAUGCCAAGACGAUUCGGGAUAUCGAUGGAAUACGCUCCUUCGGUAUCUGCUAUCCUGACUUGCCCAGGAUCUCUCAAAUUGGGAAUAAAAUUGUCUUGGACAGAGGAUCUGUUUGCCUGGAAAUUAAUGAAAUCGAAGGAACGAUUCACAGAAAUAUGAUUGUCCAGCCGAUAGACAGUCCCUCAAACAUCCCAGGAUUUUGCAAACGCGAUGAUGAAGCCCUGAAACUUGCCCUGGCCCUUCGCGCUGAUUUUUUAAUACUUUCACCCGUUCCGAACGGCAAAGCUGUGGCUGAAAUCAAGGAUCGAAUCCGUAAAUCAGGAAAUCGUCCAAUCUGCCUUCUCUCGAAAAUCUCCUCUUCCCAGGGUCUCGACAACUUCGAUGAGAUUUUAAAACUCUCGGACGGCAUUCUGAUCGAUCGGGAAUCCCUCCAGAUCGUUGUAGGAACGGAGGAGCUGUGUCUCGCGCAGAAAUCGAUGAUUGCCAAAUGCAAUAGGGUGGGCAAAGCCGUGGUAAUAACGUAUCGCGUGCCGAACGACAGUUCAACAAAAUUGAACCUCGACUCAGUGGCGAACGCCGUAUCAGAGGGGGUUGACACUAUUUUCCUUGCCACUGGAGCACUGAAUGUAAAAAAUACCAUAAAACUCAUUGGGGACGUUGAUCUCGUCUCGCGCGAGGCUGAAUCGGCCAGGUGGCUGAGAAAAAUUCCCCGAGAUCUCAGUUACAAGACAACCACUCCACUGGAUCCAAGCCACGGAAUGGCGAUGGCAGCUGCGGAGAUGUCCGCGAAGCUCAAUGCCUCGGGGAUAAUUGUGACAACGACGACCGGACGCACUGCGAUGCUACUCUCGAUCUAUCGACCACCGUGUCCAAUUGUUGCUGUGACCCGUUACGGAAUUGCAGCACGGUGGCUACGACUGUACUUCGCUGUUCAUUCCAUUCACUACAGAUGCCCACCACAUCCCGACUGGAAUCAAGACUUAGAUUGUAGAGUUGAGCGUGCCAUGAAUUACUUGAGACAGUGGAAAUACAUCGACACAGGUGACCCAGUCAUUGUCGUAAGUGGAUGGCGCCGUGACCAAGGUUUCACCCACUCUAUUCGGCUCGUUUAUGUAACACCUGCUGCAUUUUCCAAGGGGUCUGAGGACUUUGAAGACACUUGGUGA